GCUCGUAAUGUGACGCGACAGACGCGCGCGCGGUCGACUGGCUCAAUGAACGUGAAGUAAAACCGUCAAACCUCGCCCGACUGAAAAAAAACCGACGACAGAGCUCUAACUGCUACCUAUAUGGUUUUAAAAGCAUUUCGCCUAUGGCAAAUCGGGAAAAGAACAAAAAGACACUUCUAGAGUUGGUGAAGCUGCCAGAGAAUCGCUGCUGUGCUGACUGUGGAGCUGCAGAUCCAGAUUGGGCUUCAUGCACACUGGGUAUAUUUGUGUGUCUGAACUGUUCUGGAACCCAUCGCAAUCUUCCUUCUGUAAGUCGCAUCAAGUCUAUACGCCUAGACUUCUGGGAGGAUGAGCCUGUGCAGUUCAUGAAGGCCAAUGGGAAUCGCACCGCCAAAAACUUCUAUGAGAAAUUUGUCCCAGUAUUUUAUUAUCAGCCCCAACCAGACGACUGCGAGGUCCUCAGAGAACAAUGGAUUCGCGCCAAAUACGAAAGAAUGGAGUUUACAGAAGAAAAGACAGAAAGACCUUACACAGCAGGUGUCUAUGAGGGCAUGCUGUGGAAGAAAGGAAAGGAUAACGGACAGUUUCUCGAGAGGAAGUUUGUUCUUUCAGUGCACGAUUUUACACUCAAAUACUACAAGGAGGAUGAGUCUAAGGGACCAAAGGCUGUUAUUUCUGUGAAGGACCUGAAUGCAACUUUCCAGCCAGAGAAAAUAGGACAUGCUUACGGCCUUCAGAUCACCUACUCUGUGGAUGGUCACACCAGAAACCUCUUUGUUUACCAUAAAAAUGGACGGGAGAUCGUCAAUUGGUUUAACGCCAUUAGAGCUAUUCGCCAUGCCUACCUGAAAACAGCCUUUCCUACAGCUAGCGAUGGAGACCUACUACCAUGGAUAACCAGAAGUUAUUUAAAAGAGGGUUACAUGGAGAAGACUGGCCCACUGCAGCGAGAGCCUUUCAAGAAAAGAUGGUUUAUUCUGGAUUCCCUGGACAGGAAACUACUCUAUUUUAAAACACAGCUGGAUGCCAUUGAGCUUGGGGUAGUGUUCAUUGGCUCAGAGAAUCACGGAUAUUCAGUGAGAGAGUGUGUCCCUAAAGGGACGAGAGGAAACAAGUGGAAGUGUGGGGUAAUUGUGGAGACGCCAGAUCGUCAGUUCGUCUUCAUGUGCGAACAGGAGCGCGAUCAGAGAGAGUGGGUGGAGGCCCUGAAAACUGUCAUCUCCAAACCCAUGAUGCCACAAGAUUACACCACUGAGGCCAAUAUCCGUAGACGGAGGUGAAGACCCCGACAAUAAGAUCAGACUCUGUCACUGAAUUUAUUUUAAAUGAACCCCCGACAUGCUAGGUGGGAAAUCUGGGAUUAAAGCAUUCGAGUCCUAGACACUCAAAGGGAACCGUGGAAAAAUGUGACUUUUUUUUAGGGGGGUUGGGGGUGCAUUUUGGGAUGUGAAACUAAUCUGAGAAGACUGCAGUAGGUCAGAUGAGGACAGACCGACUGCUCUCAGAGGAGCACAAAGUAUAUGACUGAAUCUCAAGACGGAAAAGAUCUGAGCUCUCAAUACAAGUAGAGAUCUUAAAGCAAUCCCAGACCGAGAUGAGAACGGCGUCUUAGUCAGAGGUCGGUCAGACUCACGUGUGACUGUGAGUCGACGUUCAUGAGCCGAGACACCAAACAGAAGCACAAAUGAGAAGGAAUUGUGCUCGGACACAAAUGGACACGUGCAAGCGACAUGAAGUGUGUGAUGAAAAUGUAAAACACCUGGGUUUCAUAAAUGUCGGUGGGUUUGACUGACAUUUGGUCACUUUUUAUUUUUUGAUAAACAUAUGGGUGACUGAACAAAGCUGUACUGAUGUUCGUA